CCCCCCAUUGGAACCCUAAACCUCCACUCUUCAAAAUCGAAGACCACAAAAAUGAUGCUCCCCAGUUACAGUUACAGUUACAGCUGCAGCCAUAGCUACGGCUCCAGAGAAUUAGGUCAAGACACUCUCCACAACUCAAUGCAAAACCCAAGUAAGCUUCAAAACCCCUACUCUCCUUUCAAAACCAGGGCUUUUCUAGGGUUUACUCUGCACGACCAUAGUUUAGUCAAAAGAAUGCACUACUCUUUGCGCUAUGCUUCACCCUCUUACCGGACCCUUGAUAUUAUGGUAAAUUCACAUGACCACAAGCAGAAUCUAAAGGGACCUAGGGUUUUUCUAGGGUUUAAGCUUCAGUGCCAUUCCAGAACAUUAGCUUUGUCCACGAAAAGUUCUUCGAUUAAUGGAAGGAAGAAGAGGUAUGGAGGUGUAUUGCCUUCGAUUUUGAGGUCUUUGGAGUCUGAAAACGAUGUCGGAAAGGCCCUUGAUUCGUUUGAUGGGAAUUUGAGUCCAAAAGAACAGACGGUGAUUCUCAAAGAACAGAGUAGCUGGGAAAGAGUAAUUAGGGUUUUUGAGUGGUUUAAGUCGCGGAAAGGAUACGUGCCCAAUGUAAUUCACUAUAAUGUUGUGCUUCGAGCUUUGGGUAGAGCUCAGAAAUGGGAUGAGCUGAGGCUUUGUUGGAUUGAAAUGGCAAAAAAUGGUGUUUUGCCCACGAAUAAUACGUACGGGAUGCUUAUCGAUGUGUAUGGGAAAGCAGGACUUGUGAAAGAAUCGAUUUUGUGGAUUAAGCACAUGAGACAAAGGGGACUUUUCCCCGAUGAGGUUACGAUGAAUACAGUUGUUCGGGUGUUAAAGGAUGCAGGAGAGUUUGAUAGAGCUGAUAGGUUUUAUAAGGCCUGGUGUUUUGGGCAGGUUGAGUUGGAUGAUCUUGAUUUGGAUUCUAUAGUUGAUUCUGUAAAUGGGACUGGCUCAGGACUUAUUAGUUUUAAGCAUUUCUUGUCAACAGAGCUUUUCAAGACGGGUGGGAGAAUUUCUACUUCAAAAGUUAUGAGUGCAUCAGAUGUGGAGAAUCCUGUUCAGAAGCCAAGACUUACAUCUACGUAUAAUACGCUGAUUGAUUUGUAUGGGAAGGCUGGGCGACUCAAAGAUGCAGCUGAUGUGUUUGCUGAAAUGCUGAAGUCUGGGGUGGCAAUGGAUACCAUUACUUUUAAUACUAUGAUCUUUACUUGUGGAAGUCAUGGUAAUUUGUCAGAGGCAGAAUUGUUGCUUACUAAGAUGGAAGAAAGGGGUAUACGUCCUGAUACAAAAACUUUUAACAUCUUUCUGUCUUUGUAUGCGGAAGCAGGGAACAUUGAUGCAGCUCUCAAGUGUUACAGGAAGAUUAGAGAGGUGGGCCUUUUCCCUGAUAGUGUAACUCAUAGAGCUGUGCUCCAUAUAUUGUGCGAGAGAAAUAUGGUUCCAGAUGUGGAGACUGUGCUUUUGGAAAUGGAAAAAUCUGGCUUGCAUGUUGAUGAGCAUUCUAUUCCUGGUCUUAUUAAGAUGUAUAUUAAUGAAGGAUUGCUUGAUCAGGCAAAAUCCUUUUUCGAAAAGAGUCAAUCUAAUGGUGGGUUGUCAUCGAAGACACGUGGAGCAAUUUUAGAUGUUUAUGCUGAAAAGGGGCUUUGGGCUGAAGCCGAGGCCGUGUUCUUUGGUAAGAGAGAUUUGGUUGGACAGAAGAAGGGUAUUUUGGAAUACAAUAUUAUGGUUAAAGCUUAUGGAAAGGCAAAGCUUUAUGAUAAAGCUCUCUCUCUCUUCAAGAGCAUGAGAAAUUAUGGGACUUGGCCUGACGAGUGCACUUAUAAUUCUCUUGUUCAAAUGUUUGCAGGAGGGGAUUUAGUGGAACAAGCAAGAGACUUUUUAUCUGAAAUGCAGGCAAUGGGUUUUAAGCCACAUUGUCUGACCUUCUCUGCUGUUAUUGCAUGCUAUGUCCGUCUUGGCCAGCUUUCUGAUGCUGUUGGCGUCUACCAAGAAAUGGUAGAAGUAGGAAUUACACCUAAUGAAGUAGUCUAUGGAUCUUUAAUCAAUGGAUUUGCAGAGUCCGGCAGAGUUGAAGAUGCUCUUCAAUACUUCCGCCAGAUGGAAGAAUCUAAGAUUUCAGCAAAUCAAAUAGUGUUGACAUGUAUGAUUAAGGCUUAUAGUAAGGUGGGGAACUUGGAAAGAGCCAAAGCACUAUAUGAGAGGAUAAAGGACUUGGAGGACAGUCCGGAUAUUGUUGCAUCAAACAGUAUGAUCAAUCUUUAUGCAGAUCUAGGGAUGGUUUCUGAAGCCAGAUUGGUUUUUGAAGAUUUGAGGGAAAAGGGUUGGGCAGAUGGGGUUUCAUUUGCAACGAUGAUGUACCUUUAUAAGAACAUGGGCAUGCUGGAUGAAGCCAUUGAUGUUGCAGAGGAGAUGAAACAGUCAGGUUUACUGAGGGACUGUGUUUCAUAUAAUAAAGUACUGGCAUGUUAUGCCACUAACGGACAGUUACGCGAGUGCGGUGAAUUGUUGCACGAGAUGGUAGCUCGGAAGCUCCUGCCUGACACCGGGACCUUCAAAGUAUUAUUCACCGUAUUAAAGAAGGGAGGUUUUCCGAUUGAAGCAGUAACACAGCUAGAGUCGUCUUACCAGGAAGGAAAAGCUUAUGCUCGACAAGCUGUCAUCACCUCUGUUUUCUCUGUAGUGGGUAUGCAUGCUUCUGCAAUUGAGUCAUGUGAAACCUUAGCAAAAGCUGAUGUGGUUCUUGAUUCUUCCGCCUACAAUGUUGCUAUAUAUGCUUAUGGGGUAUUUGGGGAAAUUGACAAGGCUUUGAACAUGUUCAUGAAAAUGCAAGAUGAAGGCCUGGAGCCAGACCUUGUAACAUAUAUAAAUCUAGUAUCUUGUUAUGGAAAAGCUGGAUUGGUUGAGGGCGUGAAGCGGAUUUACAGCCAACUAAAAUUUGGUGAGAUUGAGCCCAGUGAAUCCUUGUUCAAGGCUAUUAUUGAUGCUUAUAAAAAUGUCAACCGUCAUGACCUUGCUAAAUUGGUUACCCAAGAGAUGAGAUUUGCUUUCGACUCUCAACCUCCUUCCGAUUCUGUAACUGAAGAUGAGUCGGAUGACUUGCAAGAAUUAUCUGAUUCUGAAACUGUAGAUGAAUACGAUGAAAUUUCUUCAGGUCUGUAGGAUACCCAAUUAUUGUGUAUCUUCACAGUUUGAGACCCCCUCUAGUGUACCCUGUACAGAAGCAGCAUUUUUGCAAGCGAUGAAGAUUGUGUAUGUGUGAAUUUCACAAUAGAAAGUGAUAAUACAAUAGUGGUUGAUGGAAGAUUCUAACCAACAAGGUGAGGUUUUGAUCGAGAUAUGUAAAUGUUGUAUAUUGAUCCAUAUACCAAAAUUUGUCGUUUCUCA